AGCUUGGUUGUUUUUAUCAAAAAAUGAUCUCUAAUGGUUUUAUAAGCAUACAGUUUCCUUUCAUAACCUGUAUUUUCUUGUUGUUAGCUGUUGUUCCCUUGUCAAAUUCUCAGAGUCCACUAUAUGCAGCAUGCUCUCUUUCAUACUCGUGUGGGCGAAUCCUAAAUGUCGGGUAUCCAUUUUGGGGAGAUAAUAGGCCCAGCUUCUGUGGAGUCCCAGAAUUCAAGCUAAGCUGUAAUAAUGAUUCUUCAUUUCCUACUAUGAAAAUUUCCUCAAGUAUAUUACAAGUGCUUGACAUCAACACAUCUCUCCAUACCAUCACUAUUUCCUCAAGUAACCUUUAUAACAAGUGUUAUUUGCAAGAUACAAGCUCUUCAGCCAUUCUACCCACUUUAAAGCUAAGCCAAAACAUAGAUUACAGAAAUAUAAGUUUAUUCUAUGGUUGCAAUAGCAGUUGUGACUCCAGAAAUGACUCCAAGACUUUUUCUUGCUCCAACGAUGAUGGUGUCAAUGGUACUGCUUAUUACUUUGACAACGCAUCAGGCAUUAGCAGCUUUAAUAACUCGUCAUGCUCGUGCAAUUACAGUGCAACUUUUUAUGUGGAUAACAAAGCGGUAUAUGAGCUCAGUCGUAGCACGGAUGCCUCGCUUCGUAGUGUCUUAAACAAGUGGUCAAUCGUUAAGUGGAAUUACAUGGCGAACGUUGCUGCCUGUUCCAAGUGUGAGGAGUCUGGUGGCAGAUGUGGAUCAUCAGAGGAAUUCUUUUCAGAUCAGUUGGUUUGUUAUUGCCGAGAUGGGCGUCGGGCAUUAAUAUGUUCUGAACCAGGUGGAAGACGAAAUUUAAUCUUAGGAUCAGGUGUAGCUGCUUCAGUCCUAGGGAUGAUGAUGGUGGUUGCUUUGGUCAUCAUUGCAAAGAAAAGACGGAAAACCAGUAAAUUUUCAUUUCUAUGGAGUAGACGAACAAUAGGGAAUCAAAAUGUGGCGGCCUUUUUACAAAGUUAUGGAUCUCUCGCGCCAAAAAGAUACACAUAUGCAGACAUAAAGAAAAUAACCAAUUCCUUCAAAGAUAAACUUGGUGAAGGAGGUUAUGGAAGUGUUUACAAAGGAAGACUACACAAUGGUCGUUUCGUGGCAGUGAAGAAAUUGAAGGUUUUAAAGGGUGAUGGAAAAGAUUUCAUCAAUGAGAUAUUGAGCAUUAGCAGGACUAAUCAUGUCAAUGUCGUGACUCUUUUAGGAUUUUGUUUCGAAGGAAACAGGAGAGCUCUUGUCUUUGAGUUCUUGCCUAAUGGAUCUCUUGAAAAGUUUAUAUAUGGUAAAGAGAUUAGACAGUCAUUGCAAUGGGAAACUAUAUUAAGCAUUGCGAUUGGAAUUUCUCGGGGACUAGACUACCUACAUAGAGGUUGUAAUACACGAAUAUUGCACUUUGACAUUAAGCCUCAUAAUAUUCUGCUUGAUGAUGAAUUUCAUCCAAAGAUUUCUGACUUUGGCCUUGCUCAAUUGUGUCCACCAAAGAAAAGUAUGAUUUCAAUGUCGGAAGCAAGGGGGACAAUUGGAUAUAUUGCUCCAGAAGUUUUUUGUAGAAAUUUUGGUGGCAUUUCCCAUAAAUCAGAUGUUUAUAGCUACGGGAUGAUGCUCAUAGACCUAGUUUGUGGCAGGAAAAUUCCAACUAAUGAAGUUCAGCAUGACAAUAGUGAACUGUACUUUCCCGAAUGGAUAUACAGUCGAUUUGAGCCUGUGCAUGAAGCUGCAGUUGAUGGGAUUGAGGAUAAUGACAAAAACGAGUUAGAGAGAAAAAUGAUUUUGGUUAGCUUAUGGUGCAUACAAGCAUAUCCUUCAAACAGACCGCCAAUGAAUAGAGUUGUAGAGAUGUUGGAAGGGCCAUUUGAGGUGCUACAAAUGCCGCCUAAGCCACAUUCAUCUUCUCCUGCAAGAUGUGUGUUUGAUGCGUCGCUUAUGAGCACCACAUAAGUUCUGUUUUUUGCUUAUAUUCCGUAUGUUAUAUUAAGGCUGUCUAUCACCAUCAGAUGAGAAAUGUCAGAAGCAUGUUGAUGAUGUACAGUUUAGGUUCACGAAUCUGUUGUAAACUUUUAUUGAAAAAUUCUAUGACUGCCGAAAGUAUAACAUAAAUAAGAAAAAGAACAAUGAAUCAUUUGGC